GUAGGCUAAUCCAAGCACUGGGUAAAAAAGGGCAGUUUCAGAUGGCUCAUAUUCCGGUGUGACUGUAUUGUACCGUGACACGAGCGGCGGAGAACCAAAUAGUGCGCAACCAUAGCAUCUGUGCCAACAGAUCUAUGCUACAAGGGGCUCUUCUCUCCAAAAGACUGGAUGCGGAAGCAAGCUCGCGGCUUGUGGGAAAAUACUCUGAGACGCACACUUUUUCUACAGGGGAUCGAUGAUGUGAUGACCGUGAGAUUCCACAAGAAGUAUGCGCAACGCUGUGGACUGGUCUGUUUUUUCUCUCUCUCUCUUCUUUUCUCUUUUCUGCUCAGUUGUGUUUCCUUAUUCAUUGUGCGCCCUAUGAAGAGAAUUAACUAUCCCUCCCUCCAAUCCUAUUGAAAAGGCUGCGAAAAAAAACAGAAGGAGAUGAGAGCAGCAAAUCCCUUUUUUAUUCCCUCCGUAGCGCUCACUAAGACAAGAAUGUGUUGCCUAUCAGUCACCGAGGGGAUCAAGUCUUCGGGACUGUCCCACGCGUUCAAUGCGCCUCGCAAAGCAUCACUGAGAGAGACAGAGUGAAGAGGACUGCUGCAGCAGUAGCAUCCUGACUGGACACUUCACAUCAUUUAGCAACCUGUCUCCACUCAAGAUCCAUUAAAGUCAAUUGGACCUGCCAGCAUCUCUCAAGUCAUCUAAUCGGAUUGUGGUCUAUCACGAUGAGGAGUCUGGCGCUACUGUUGGGAGUGAAAGCUGCCUGCAUCCUUCUGGUGUCUUCGCUCUCAGGCACAGGGGCCGUCAACAACAGCGGCCGGUGGUGGGGUAUUGUCAAUGUGGCUUCCUCAUCCAACCUUCUAACCAAUUCCAAGAACGUGCAGUUGGUCCUGGACCCAAGCCUGGCCCUUCUGAGUCGUCGCCAGCGUCGGCUGAUACGGCAGAAUCCUGGCAUCUUGCACGCCAUCGCCGCUGGGCUGCACACUGCCAUAAAGGAGUGCAAGUGGCAGUUCCGCAACCGCCGCUGGAACUGCCCGACCACCCACAGUCCAGCAAUUUUUGGCAAAAUUGUCAAUCGUGGUUGCCGAGAGACGGCAUUUGUAUUUGCCAUUACUAGCGCAGGAGUGACCCAUGCUGUGGCUCGAUCCUGCUCAGAAGGGGCCAUUGAGUCGUGCACAUGCGAUUAUCGUCGCCGAGGUCCUGGAGGGCCAGACUGGCACUGGGGGGGCUGCAGUGACAAUGUGGAUUUUGGCCGGAUGUUCAGCCGUGAGUUUGUGGACUCCAGUGAGAGGGGCAGAGAUCUGCGCUACCUCACCAACCUACACAACAAUGAAGCUGGCAGAAUGACUGUGUCAUCAGAGAUGCGUCAGGAGUGUAAGUGCCAUGGCAUGUCCGGUUCCUGCACUAUGCGUACCUGUUGGAUGAGGCUGCCCAGCUUCCGAACAGUGGGAGAUUUCCUUAAGGACCGCUUUGAUGGAGCAUCCAGAGUUGUUUAUGCCAACAAAGGCAGCAACCGUGCCUCCCACCGAGCUGACCCCCGACAUCUAGAGCCUGAAAACCCAGCUCACAAACCCCCCUCUGCCAUGGACCUUGUCUAUUUUGAGAAAUCACCAAACUUCUGCUCUUACAAUGGCAAAACUGGCACUGUGGGAACUUCUGGAAGAACAUGCAACAGCUCUUCUCCAGGGCUGGAUGGAUGUGAGUUGCUGUGCUGUGGACGUGGGUUUAAAACUCGAACUGAAAGUGUGACUGAACGUUGUCACUGCACGUUUCACUGGUGCUGUCAUGUCAGCUGUUUGAACUGCACUAGCACACAAACGCUACAUCAGUGUCUAUGAUUGAAGAUCAACAUGUAUGCAAAUAUUCAGGAAUGUAUGAGGGGCAAAAAGAAUUUUUAAACAGGACAUGUAGUUAACUAAGAGAACUACAGAAACACAAGUGGUUUGGGAGGUUACAGCAGGUGGAGGUUAGGAAAAGCUUCAAGGCGGGUGAACUGAUAUGGGAAACUUUAUGGCACAAAAGGUCAAUCAUUGUUUUGCUUGGAGACAGUAAAAAAGCACAAAUAUGUGAACAGGGUACCAAAGGAAUAUGUGUGCUUGUUCUUUACCUUUAAUGCUUUUCAUUAAAAAGUAUUUAAUCACAACAACCAUUAAUGUAAAAUGGAAAUCAUCCACUUCCUUCAAGUGUUUACACUUUGGAUAAGUAAAAGGGAAAGGAGUGAUGGCUGUAACCAGGUACUAUAGAGCCUUGUCCUCCCCACUGAGGGAAGAAAGUGGACAAAAUGUUUUACAGUUGUUUAUGUGGCCAGAGAGCCACAAAUAUGUACUCUCAUAAACUGGUGUGGGCCUCUAACAAGAAAGAGGUUAUCUUAAAAAAAUGAUUUUGUUUUCUUUUGCUUAUGUUUGGCUUAACUCUAGUGCAGCUGUGUGAAGAUUAUCUCCAGAGAUUGGCAAUCUGUUCCCAACUUUUGUACUUAGGACCGGGAUGCUGCCCAACCACCUCUAACUUUUUUACCACAUUUCCCCUCUUUGUUUAGAUUUUUCUGGAGCUUAAAAACCCCUUAAUCAUGAUUUCAUACUCUGACUUACCACAGGAUGGUCAUGAUGUUAUAUGACUGGGACCAGUGAUCACCAAGGAAAGCAGAAACCCAGUGAAUAAAUCUUAGUGAGGCAAUAUAAUUUGAAUGUAUUAUCAAUACACUGAAUAUCAUGAUACAACUAGAUGUAGUUUAGCAAAACUGAUGGGUCAAUAUAUUAAAAAACAUACUAAUUAAAAAGAAUGAAAUGUGACUUGCAGAAUCUAACAUACUAUCCAAUGAAAACUAACCCCACCCCCAGGAUGAACACUGAUAUAAGAUAUAUUGUGCAGGAUUAAGUUAGUCUAGGCUUAAAGUAGUCAAAUUGUGUAAUUAUUUCAAGUUGUGGUUUAAAAAAAGUUUAAGAUGAAACAGUUUAUUUUCAAUAAAAAAAAGAAAAAUUAUCAGUUAAAAAAAAUCAUACUAUUAAUCAGCUAAGAUAACCAAAAUGAUGUGUUAAAAUACCUGAAUAUAUUUAUAAUAUGUGUAUGUUUGCCAAAUGAUUUAUGUGCCUGUCACUGGCUGGACAACACGCAAUCAUUAGCGGCAAGUCAGGAGAUUUUUUUUCUUUUCUUUCUUGGUUUAAUGUAGCUGAAAAAGUUGACUCUUGCUAGACACAUUUAUUGCUUCUUUGCUUGUUUUCUGUAAAAAAGAAAAAAAGUAUGUUUUUGGUCAUGCACUGAAUAUUUACUCUUUUUUUAUUUGUGUAAAUACAAAUAUUUAUUUUUAAGGACUUUUAUACUGUUAUAGAAAAUGUAAGUGGAGACAUUUUUAGAUUUCAGUCAAAAGAUUUAGGUUCCAGUUGGU